CUUUCUUUCAAAUGCAAUUUGCAUUCAGACAUCAUGUUCCCAACCCUGCCCCUACUAUCUAUCUAUUUCCACCUCACAACUCAGUUAUCACAACAGAGUCACAAAAUAUCUCCAACUUGAAAGUAAAAUAGCAUGGCAUUUAAAACUACAAAACACAUUUAAAAUAAUCUUUUUUAAAAAAAAACAGCAAUACAAUCACAAAGCAAUCCUCUGAUCCAGAGCAGACUGUGGUUUGUUUCUUGCCCAGCACAGCCGCAGAAUGAGCAAGGGAGGAGCAAUGCUCUUGAGAUUUCAGUAGCAUCCACCAACAUCCCAAACUACAGGGGGGUUGUGUAACUAUUGCAUUGUAAGCAGGGCUAAUCACAUGGGGCUCACCCAUCCAUGGACAUGAUAAUCAAACAUUAUUCACUCUGUGCUGUUGUAUCUCUGAAGCUGAUCCAGUACAUGAAAGCUUCUGCCAUAACAGUCUUUAAGAAGACUCUGCCAUUCUUGCUUCAAGAAACUAUCACAGCUACCCCUCUAGAAACUGUCCAAAUGGAGUGGUUUGCUAAUAUCUGGACUGGACUUUUAAGAAGCAAAUAUCUGUAUAUAUUUCUCCAAGGCAGCUGAGUCAGGGGCAGGAUAUGUGUAUAUUUAUUUUGGAUUGUGUUUUUCAUAUAAUGGACCUUAGAAGGGCCACCAAGUAGUUGUGGCCAAGUUGGAAAACACGUUAUUAUUAAUGCAUGCUGUUCAGAACUGCAUAAAACCUAUGGCUACGGUAUUUUUAGGAAACACGUUUAAGGAUUAAAUUUCAGUGUGUUCCACAGAUAAUGAAUGAUGUCUUCAUGAUUUAUCCACACUGCAAAUUGUAAGACUACUCUGAGCUAAUAAAUGAAAUCUCUCUCUCUCUCCUUCUCCUGAACAGUUAGAAAUUAGGUAUUAGAAAUUAACUCCCAACUUCUGGAUCAAAAAUAUUUGGCAGUUGCUUUUCUGGUUAGGCUUAAAGUGUGAACUGCUGAGCUUCUGCCAGCAUUGACCCUGGGAAACUUAAUGCACUUUUGUAUUUCAGUGUCACCUAUGUGUGUUCUGUUUCAUCAGGGUGAUGCUGGAAUCCCAGGAGAACCAGGGAUUCAAGGGCCAAAGGGAGAACAAGGAAGUAUUGGGCCCAUAGGAGAGAAGGGCAAUGAAGGACUACCAGGCCCAAAGGGAAAACAAGGAAGCAUUGGCCCAAUGGGCGACAAAGGCAUAGACGGUAAACCAGGGCCAAAGGGAGAACCUGGAAGCCCUGGCACAAUGGGAGACAAAGGCAUAGACGGUCUACCAGGGCCAAAGGGAGUACCAGGAAGUGUUGGCCCAAUGGGAGAGAAAGGAAUAGAUGGUCUACCAGGACCAAAGGGAAAACAGGGAAGCGUUGGCCCAAUGGGAGACAAAGGAAUAGAUGGUCUACCAGGGCCAAAGGGAGAACCAGGAAGUGUUGGCCCAAUGGGAGACAAAGGAAUAGAUGGUCUACCAGGGCCAAAGGGAGAGCCAGGAAGUGUUGGCCCAAUGGGAGACAAAGGACUAGAUGGUCUAACAGGGCCAAAGGGAGAACCAGGAAGUCCUGGCCAAGUAGGCGAGAGAGGCAUAGAUGGUCUACCAGGGCCAAUGGGAGAACCAGGAAGUCCUGGCCCAGUAGGGGAGAGAGGCAUAGAUGGUCUACCAGGGGCAAAGGGAGAACCAGGAAGUCCUGGCCCACUAGGGGAGAGAGGCAUAGAUGGUCUACCAGGGCCAAUGGGAGAACCAGGAAGUCCUGGCCCAGUAGGGGAGAGAGGCAUAGAUGGUCUACCAGGGGCAAAGGGAGAACCAGGAAACAUUGGCCCUGUGGGAAAAAGAGGCAUGAGUGGUCUACCAGGGUCAAAGGGAAAUCGGGGAAGCAUUGGCCCAACAGGGGAGAGAGGCAUGGAUGGGCUACCAGGGCCAAAGGGAAAUCAAGGAAGCAUUGGUCAGACUGGGGAAAAGGGCAUAAAAGGGCAACCAGGAGCAAGGGGAAAACGAGGAAGCGCUGGCUCAGUGGGAGAGAGAGGCAUAGAUGGGCUACCAGGCCCUAAGGGAGAACCUGGAAGCAUUGGCCCAGUGGGAGAGAAAGGCUUAGAUGGUCUAGCAGGGCCGAAGGGUGAACCAGGAAGCCCUGGUCCAAUAGGAGAGAAAGGCAUAGAUGGUCUACCAGGGCCAAAGGGAGAACCAGGAAGCAAUGGCUCAGUAGGAGACAAAUGCAUUGAUGGGUUACCAGGGCCAAAGGGAGAACCCGGAAGCCCUGGCCCGACAGGAGACAAAGGCAUAGAUGGUCUACCAGGGCCAAAGGGAGACCCAGGAAGUGUUGGCCCAACAGGAGAGAAAGGCAUAGAUGGCCUUCCAGGGCCAAAGGGAGAACCAGGAAGCGUUGGCCCAAUAGGAGUGAAUGGAAUAAAUGGUCUACCAGGGGCAAAGGGUGAACCUGGUGAAAGAGGAGCAGAUGGACACAUUGGGCCAAGGGGUCCUCCAGGCCUGAAAGGAGAACAGGGUGAUACAGUAGUAAUUGACUACGAUGGUAGAAUCUUGGAAGCUCUUAAGGCUGCAGGGAAACUGAGAUUGACGGGCCCACCAGGCCCCCAAGGGCCCCCAGGCCCCCAAGGAGCUCCAGGACCAAAGGGAGAACUUGGUUUGCCUGGCCCACCUGGAGUUGAUGGAGAGAAGGGUCCUAAAGGUUCAAAAGGAGAGCAAGGAAGCUCCGGACUCAUAGGACAAAAAGGAGAGAAAGGAGAUGUUGGCAUGACUGGUCUCCCAGGUCCGAAAGGAUUGAAAGGAGACCAAGGAAACCCUGGAAUAACGGGGGAGAGAGGAGAGACGGGAGAAAUGGGCUUGUCUGGUCCACCGGGCAUUGAUGGACCAAAAGGAGAACCUGGCGCUCCCUGUGAGAAGGAUCUUGUGCAGAUUAUAGCUGAACCAGGACCUCCUGGCGUUCCAGGUCUACCAGGUCCACCGGGCCCUAUGGGUCCUCAAGGAAUACAGGGGCAUAAGGGUCCUCAAGGAAUUCAAGGACACAAGGGCUCAGAUGGUGCAAAGGGUGCAAAAGGUGAAAGUGGUCAUAAAGGUGAAAAAGGUGUCCCUGGGCCACAUGGUGCUGCUGGUACUCCUGGGCUUAUCGGUUUACCAGGCACCAAAGGGGAGAAGGGAAAGCCAGGGGAACCAGGAUUAGAUGGUUUCCCAGGCCUAAGAGGAGAAAAAGGAGAAAAAAGUGAGAGAGGAGAAAAGGGAGAAAGAGGACUUCCAGGUAGAAAAGGAGCAAAAGGGCAAAAGGGAGAGCCAGGGCCGCCUGGAUUGGAUCAGCCUUGUCCAGUGUUCAUUUUUAAAGGGGAGCCAGGUUUACCUGAACUGGAUGGUGUGGAUAUGCUCUGCCCUUUGGGACCAGAUGGAUUACCAGUACCAGGAUGUUGGCACAAGUCACAGAUGGAAACGGAGGAGAAAACGAGAAAGAAAAAGAAGCUGCAGCCUUAGAAAUGAGACAAAAAGUGGCUUACAGAUGAAUGUAGGAGGAACCGCCAACCCAGAAAUACAAGACAAACGUAACCACACAUGCUGCUACGUACCUCCACCUUGAAGAAAACAGUUACGUUCUUGGUUGUUAUGAUCACCUCUGUCACCUGUGGCGGCCUUUUCCACAUGUAGAAAACUUUGUCACCAGGAGAACCUCUGCUUAGCAUUCUACAAUCUGUGACUUAAAGUGGGUUGAUUCUCUUGCAGAACUUUUGUUAUUACUGCAGAAUUGGAAAAAACUUGUAGUGCCUCACAUACCAUACAGACCACACACAAACAAACAAACACACAGAGGAAACAGUACAAUAUUCAUCUCAGUUUUACAGAUUUGGAGCAUGACACCAGUGCUGAUCAAAACCUCUUCCAUAGCCACAGUCCAUGAGUGCCAACUCAUGUUUGCAAACUGGGAAGGGAUUCCUGUGUAUGAAGUCCAGUGCUUGCUUCCCUGAAUUGGCAGGGCUUGCCAUAUCAAUACUGAUAAACUGGAGCUCUGCUUUUGUACUUUGCUCCCCCACUCCCAUAUGCAGAACCAAGUACAGAACUCAGGGGGGAGUAUCUCCAUUGGUGUGUAAGCACCUCCCAAAUAAAACGACCUGUGGUCAGAAGUGCAGGAGUUCAAUAAUAGCAUCAGUGAUUGUUUGGUCACUUACUUGGUCAUGGAAACAACUCUUUCAGUUUCAGUUCUCCAAAGUAAAGGUGUCUAGGAGAAUCUCCAUAUUUUAUGCAACAAACAAAGGUGCACCAGUGUUACAUCAGUGACCCCUUACAGCAAAGCAUAAAGUGAGAACAGGCACAUUUCUUUAGCGUACCUGAGAACUUCUGGCCAAAUCAAAACACAAUGGCUACAAAAAGCAUGGAACUCUAGCAAUUGAUUGGAAUGCAGCUAGUCCCAGUGGAUUGUGGGUAUGAGCACAAAUAAGAGGAGAAAAUACUGCUAGUGGAGUAUUUGGUAUAUUGGUAUAUUGAACAACAGCUUACUAAUUUCAAGAACCUGAGCACAUCGACACAUAGCCUACCUUGAACCUAUAUUUGUAGCAAUAAGCAAUUUCAUUUCAAGCAGCACAACCAACACUGUUCACCCAUUUAUGCAACUAUAUAAUGCUCUAUACCCCCCUUGUUGCCGUGCUGCCAAUGGGAUCACAUACACACUCUUUGUUUACUUUAGGGAUGGGGAGCCUGUAGCCAUUCAGAUGUUGCUGGACUGCAACCCAGUCAUCUCAGGUUAGGGCAGAUGGGGGCUGGAGUCCAACAGCAUUUGGAAGGAUACAGGUUAGCUUCCACCUGUUUGCUUCCUCUGUCAAACACCACACUGGCAAAACUGUCUUCACACUCCAGGUUUUGAAUCUUUUAUUUAGAAGGCCAUGUUAACUAAAAUGUUUCACAAGUAUACAAUGAGUAUAGAAAAGGUUCUGGCAAUGAUGUUUUGAUGCUGAGUGGAUACUUGGAUUGCUGAAUAUUAAAAGGAGACUGAGCAUCCAGGAGGCAUGCUACCUACAAGAAGUAAGGGCUACAAAACAUGUUAGGUAGAAGUAUAUUGCUUGGAAGGUACUGAGGUAAAUAGGGAGAGCAGCAGAAGUGGAGUUAAUGGCCCUUCGCUCUGAAGAGCACCAAUGUCUUCCAUAGGGCAAGAAAGUAGGGCAAUAAAAAGUUCACCUGGUCCUGCUGGUCUGACCACUGUGAUAGCAGAAGUUGUUUGCCUUGGUCCUCUCUGUGUCUCACAGCUGUUAAAAGCACAGCAGCUCUCUAUGAGUUGGCAAGCAUAGUUGGGAGCAGUUGCAGAACUGACUGAGCAAUGUUGACCCGUGGAAAGAGGUUACAGCUUCAUGGAAGCGUUUGAACCCUUUCACCUCUGAACAUUUAGCUAAGGCCUUAUAUGACAGUUUCCUCAGCAUCGUGUUUGUUUGAACACCAGCAAGCAGUAACAAUGAUCAACUAGGCACAAAACUAUUAUGAAAGCUCACACAUUUAUAGGAACCAAGGGACAUAAUACUUCGUGGUUUGAACAAAACCUAGGAAGCCUGGAUUUCCCUCUCCCAUUUUAUGUUGGUGCUAAUUGGCUUCUUCCUAAUUCAGAGUUUAAGCCCUCAUUCCCAGAGAUGGGAUGCAAUUCUAUUCCAAAGUGCUGGAUUGCGUUACUGAUCAGAAUUCAGAUGUGUAAGGAUGGCAUGGUGCUCUCCGUUAGUGUAAGGUAGAAGAGGAGUUCUGGAUUGCUAUCCUCUGAAUCUUUAGCAAUAAUGUAUAUUAUUUCUAUUAUUACUACUUGUAAAGUCUUCUAGAAAAACUGCAGUUAAUGCUUUAAACAGUGUACAAUUCUUCACAUGGUAGAAGAUGCAUACUAUACACACAAAAAUAGACUAUAAAGUUAACAUUGCUUCACUUGUUAACUACUUGGGUCACAUAUAAGAUAGGUUUAUUGUAUGAUUUCUGAUGUCCAUAUGACAUUUUGCUUUGUAAUGAUAUUAGACUAUUGUGUAAAUGAAGAAAAACUACACUGACUUAAGAAAGAAACUAGAUACUUAAAAUUGUCAAUUAAAAUGCUGUUACCUUCCAUACAAAAGACUAGCUUUCAAGGCUUCCUUGAAAGUCAAACAGCUGUGUGCAUAGCUUUGUUUUCUGCAUGUAAUACUCUAUUUACAGGUGGCAAAAACCAGUGGCAAGUCCAUGGGCAGUAAAAUCAACUCAUUUCUUCCUCUACAGCAUAUCAUUUCCUCCAAAUCUUAUCUCCUGGCAAAGUAUUUCCCUGCAGUCUGUAGUGUUUGCUGAGUACAUUGUAUAUCCAUAGCUGCCAAGUUAUCCCUUUUUUAAAGGGAUUUUCCCUUAUGCUGAAUAGGCUUCCUCGCGAGAAAAGGGAAAACUUGGCAGCUAUGUGUAUAUCUAUCUAAUUGCCAUUCUGUUAAUGUCAUCCUUAGCAGAAGGAAAGGAAGCAAAAGGCUGGAGCAUGUAUGUGGUAGUGUGACAAUAGUAAUAAUGCACAAUUAUAGCCCAAAAAAACUCCCAUUUAUUUUAAAAAAAUUAUGCCAAAUCCCCUCAUUGUUUUCAAUUUUUGAAGUUCAGUUAGUAAUUUACUGGCUUUGGCGGGGAGGGGGGCAAAGUUUCUGUGAGAGAACACUCAAAAAAGGCCACAUGUAUCCAUGCCGUUCUGGAUCACUACUUAUGAAUUUUAAUACUGCUAUACUAUUUUAUAUAUAUAUAUUAUAUAUAUAUAUAUUUUUGAGAAAAUAGACAAAUUACCUCUUCAUCAUUCUCUCUUAUUAACAGCUGUCAGUGGCAGCACUGGAAAAACAAAAUCCAGAAGAAAUAUUUAAAAGUACUUUUCAUUUCUGAACUCUCUUUAAAAAACAACUAUGUUGUUCAUUAGCGCAUUAAACCCAUUUUUAUUUGUGAGCCCUUGGCAAACUGUUUGGUGAUAACAUAUUUGUAAAGAAAGAGCAACCUUCAGCAACAGUUAUUUAUUCAAUUGUAGACAGCACCAAAGUGAGACUCCUUAUAAAAUGUGACUCCGCAUCAUCUAUUGUUAGCAACGGCGUAUUUUUCUUUCCCUUCCUCCAAGAAGCUCUAAGGCGAUUUGGAAAUAUCUAUAAUAAGUAAUUUAAAAGAACACAUAGCAUUAUCUCAUUCAGUCCACAUAACUUUAUGAGGCAUAGGUUCCAACUCCCUGGGACCUUGGGUGCCUGAGCACCCACAAAAUUCCCCAUAAGAGGCUGGGCACCCACAAAUUUUGGUGGCAGGUCCAUGCACGCUGCAUGGCAACCACGGCCCGGGCACCCAUGUUGGCACUCCUGCUAUGAGGUAAGUUAAAGGAUUGUGAGUUGCCCAAGACCUGCUCCUAAGCUUCAUAGUUCAAACCUUAGUCUAUACCUAUGGAAUGCAUGUCCGAGUGAAUUCACUGAAUAUAUUAGCAAUGGGAGUCCUGUAUGGGAUGCUUCAGAACUGCAUAUUUUGUCUGCAUAUCAUUUUUUUGGGUGGUGGCAGCAGGUACUGGCCUGGUUCAAAAAUCAUGUUAUUCCCCUCCCUCUCUUCCCUUUGUCCUCCAGCACAGCUGCAAGGAAGAAUCAGAAGCUUUGCUUCUGCAUUAAAUCUCUACACAGCAGCACCAAGAUAGUUUGAUCCAUUUCUAUUCACUUAAAGACAUACUUCAGAUCAGGAGUGAGGAACCUUUGGCCCUCCAGAUGUUGCUGAACUACAGCUCCCACCAUCACUAGCCAUUGGCAGUGCUUACUAGGGCUGAUGGGAGUUGUAGUUCUACAUCUGAAAAGUCAAAGAUCCUGUAACUCCUGCUUUCGAUACCCAUUUAAAAUGCUUAUUAGCACCACCUUUUCUAGCAUUGGGAAUUGUGGGAAAUAACAGCUUUAAAGCCCUGAAAGGAAUUAGGUAAUUCCUUUCUAAUAGAAAUGCUCUAUUUACUGUGCAUAAGUACCAAUUAAGAUCACCCAAUCACUACUAGCCAUCAGAAUAGUAGUGAUUUGGUAUUUUUAAUCAGCACAGUAUUUUAAAACAUUGAAGAUUACCAACAUGGCUUCUUUAUGUAAGAGGGCAUUAAUAUGCUUUCAAAAGCACCAAUCUUUUUAGUAUGUGAAAUAAAGACAAUUUUGUUUUAUGCUUUAAAUUGCUCUUAUUUUCAAUGGAAAUAGAAAGAAUAGCCAGCAUUCAAUAUUUUCAUGUUGUUUUCAGUUUUUGAUAAUUUUCUAAUUUUUCAAAUUGAUGCCUUAAAAAAGUGAAGGUUUGCACUAUAUGGUACUAAAACCCUUCCAUAAUUUGAUUCCAAACGGCUAAUUUUCAUUUUCUGGGUGGGUUUGAUUUCCAAAGAUAUAUCCAGCAAUGUGAUUGAUCAGUAUCAGGAUACAAUAAUUGAACAUUUAUUCACUAUUGCCUCCUAAGCGAUGUGUUUUUGCAUGCUGAAUAAACUGCAUUCACAUAUAUUGUUCAUUUGGCAAAGUAGACAGUUGAAUUGGAAAGCAUCAUUUUAGGUGGGGUGUGAAGCUCACAUUUCUGCUGAGUUGAAAUUAUAAUUGAAAUAAGUGUAAUCAGUAGGUAUAAUCUAAUCAAAAGUAAAUGGUAGAAUUAAGCAUAAUGCACAGGCUUAAAUCUCUUCCACUUAAAGAGAUGAAACUUGAAAGUAUUUCACCUUUGCUAUAUCAUGCUGCAUUUAUCUCAGCAGAAUGUUGUGCCACAGAACUGAAAAGCGAUACUGUCAAAAAUUUCAGUCUACUUCUAAAUUGGCAUUUUAAAUAUAUAUUGCUGCAACUAUAAAUAUAGUUUGGCUCUGCCUCUUGUCUAAUUCAAUGUUUUGCUGUAAAAAAAUGUGCAGUUUAAACCCACUGGUGCCCAAGUUUUAAGACAAAUUACUGCUACUCAUUGCACAGGCAGAAGCUGAACUACAGUGAACAAUGUAAUUCACUGCUCCACAUACAGUACAAUUUUGCUAACUUGCUUGUCUGCCUUGCAAAAACUGGGGCAUGCUUCUACAGCCCUGGUCAGCAGUUUUCCUACGGGCCACUUAAGAGUGGGGAAGCAACGGCUAUCAAGUUUUGUUGUCACAGAUGCCACUUUCUGCAUACCCCUUUCACCUCUACAUUGACAACUGCAAUAUCUGUCAGGGGCCUGAAUUUGGCCCAGGUGCCUCCACUUGCUGCCCCGUGUUUUACAGUGUGCUGAGCAACUACAAUAACUAUCAGAAUGAGUCCUAGUAAACCAAGUACCCUUGACUUCAAAUGAGAGCAUAGGGCAAUCCCCCCCCAAAAAAGCAGUUGGACUGCGUAUCUUCUACUUUUUAAGUGAGAUUCUAAGCAAAGAACAAAAUACAACUUGUAUUUUAUAUUCAGUAAAACUUAAUCAGGAAGUAUAUAUAGAAGCUGCAUGAAUGUGCAAAUGAAGAGGUUGACACUCAUAAUUACCCAUGGUAGUAUCCAGUAUUACAAACUGCGCAUAGAAGUCUCCUUUUCAUGCAAGUAAUCUCAUUCAGUAAGUAAUAAGUAAAAGGGCUUUGAGAAUUAUGCCUCUUUCAUGAAUAAUUUUGUGGAAUGUAUUUUACAUGUUUUAUAUUGAAAAACUCUUCUGAGCUUCAAUAAAAUGUACGGUAUAGCUUAAAGUUGGAAGGGAAUAUUUAUGCAAAAUGUUUAGUUGUCAUUGAUUACAACUUUAUGUAAAAUUUCUAACACGUACAAGCCAGAACAACUGCUAUAUUUAGUUGUACUAUGGGGGAACAACUAUUUUUAAAAUGAAGGCAUUAAUACAGUAUUAUGAAUUAUUGAAUAAAAAUAUAGACUUGUACUGAUCUGUUUUGUAAAUUUUACAACAGGCGCUGCACAGUUUGGCAGUGUUCCCAUUGUUUUGUGCUUUGAUUUGUAGUAAGACUUGAUAUUUGAACCAUUUUAGAAUAAACUGCUUCUUGUACAGAU